CCUAUGAUUAUUCUAAUACAUACUGCCUCAGUUUAUAGCAUGGUAUCAGAGCUGCCAAGGGGGGUUACGCAUCUUUCUUCUUCCUCAAUUUAAAGCCGCGCAGUGUGCGCGUCUUCGAGUGCAGAAGAAAAUCUGCCGUCUUCGAUCUUCGUCGUUUGGCUCGGCACCAGCGUGUCCUAGGAGCCGGCGAAUAUGGGGGAUACUACAUCGCCCUAUUACCUUGACUCCGGUGAUCAACCGGGCAACCUUAUAGCACAUAUGAUUUUCAAGGGGGUUCGAACACACGCUGUGGCGACCUCUCUGCUACCAGCGGCCGAAGGCUCGAGUUCAUUUAAUACGGACAAUAUCGGUUUGGCUAAUUUAAGCAAUGAGCAGGUUAAGGCUGUUUUGAAUUUAAUUAAAGAAGAUGCUCGAACUUGUGACCGAAAAUCGGGUAAAUAUUCUUGUGUCAAGUGGAUUAUUGAUACCGGGGCCUCUCAACAUGUUACGAGUGAUGUGACGUGUCUUGUUGAUCCCGUGACUAUUCCUGCUUGUUCGGUUGGAUUGCCGGAUGGGCGUACUGUGAGUGCGGUCUUGACCGGCCGUGUACCAUUAUCUCGGGAGCUGAUUCUUGAUCAUGUUCUCUACGUGCCUGGACUGAAUUGCCAUCUCAUUUCUGUUUCACAAUUGGCAGAUCAAUCUAAUUGCCUUGUCACUUUUACUAACAAUUUUUGUGCUAUACAGGACCUACGCUCGAGGAACCUGAUUGGAGCCGGUGAAAGACGGGAUGUGCUCUUUUAUUUUAGAGGAGUGACGACAUUGCAUACUGUUCAGACAUCAGCAUUCUCGGAGUUUGAACUGUGGCAUCGUCGAAUGGGUCAUCCUUCUGAUCGGGUCCUGAAAUUAUUACCUGUUAUUGCUUCCAGUUCUUCUCAGAAAAAGUUGAAUAAAGCUUGUGAGGUGUGUCCACAAGCCAAACAAGUUCGUGAUUCUUUUCCUGCUAGUAAUAAUAAAGCAAGUAGGAUACUUGAACUUAUUCACUGUGAUCUGUGGGGACCCUAUAAAACCCCGUCCACUUGUGAUGCUGUUUACUUUCUUACUCUUGUGGAUGAUUUUUCACGCGCUGUGUGGGUAUAUUUAUUGCGUGAUAAAAAGGAGGUUCAUCAAUAUUUUCUCUCAUUUAUCGCUAUGGUUGAAAAACAAUUUUCACUUUCUGUCAAAAUUGUGCGUAGCGAUAAUGGGACUGAGUUCAAAUGCAUGCAACCAUAUUUUGACACUCAUGGAAUUUUAUUUCAAACUUCCUGCGUCCAUACACCCCAGCAAAAUGGGAGAGUGGAGCGCAAACACCGACACAUCUUAAAUGUUGCACGUGCCUUGAUGUUUCAAGCUAGUCUGCCUAUUACAUUAUGGGGUGAAUGUGUACUUACAGCUGUGCAUUUAAUUAAUCGCACUCCGUCUGGAGUUUUGGGUGGGAAGACACCCUAUGAACUUUUGCAUGGUGUUCCGCCCAAUUUCUCUCACUUGCGCGUAUUUGGCUGUCUUUGCUUUGCUCAUAAUGCUUACUCACGAGGAAAUAAAUUCUCUCCACGGAGUCGUCGUGGUGUUUUUGUUGGCUAUCCACAUGGUAAAAAGGGGUGGAAGAUAUUUGAUUGGCACACGGGUGAAAUUUUUGUGUCCCGAGACGUGAUUUUUCAUGAGGAUGAUUUUCCUUUCUCGACACCUAUGCAUGAGCCCCAGGUAGUUUUGGCGCCGGACAGUACAACUACACCUAUGGUGGUUGAUCCCGAUCCUGUAGUUGUGACUCCGGCAGCGGCAGAACCUCCUCCGACAGCCCCUACAAACGCCACAACUGUGCCUGCUCAAUCUGAAACUGAAUCCCUCGGCCGUGGUCUACGCUCGCGGCGUCCGUCUAUUUUGCUACGUGAUUUUGUCACACAUCACGUCCAAAAAUUGAGCCCAUCCCCGUCAGCCACCUCCUCCGUUAGUUCCUCAGGGCAUGAACCCCGAUCAUUUAAAGAGGCAAUGACCGAUGUCGGUUGGCGUCAGGCUAUGCAAAGUGAGAUUCAGGCACUAGAAAAUAAUCAUACUUGGGUUAUGGAGCCGCUUCCGCCAGGUAAAAAGGCUCUUGGAUGCAAAUGGGUGUACAAAAUUAAGUAUCACUCUGAUGGCACUGUUGAACGUCUUAAGGCUCGUCUUGUUGUGUUCGGUAAUCACCAGCAAGAAGGUAUUGAUUAUACUGAGACAUUCUCCCCCGUGGCGAAAAUGGUUACUGUUCGCAUGUUUUAGCUGUUGCUGUCGCUAAAAACUGGGAAUUACAUCAACUGGACGUUCAUAACGCUUUUCUUCACGGGGACUUGGAUGAGGAGGUCUACAUGAAACCUCCUCCCGGAUUUCUUUCUUCUCGGCCUGGGCAGGUGUGCCGACUGAAGAAGUCAUUAUAUGGCUUACGUCAGGCACCUCGAUGUUGGUUUGCAAAAUUGACUGCUUCUUUGAAGCAAUAUGGAUUUCGGCAAUCUUAUUCUGAUUAUUCUCUCUUCACUAUGCAUCAGGGGUCGGCUCAAUUAUAUGUCCUCAUUUAUGUUGAUGACUUAAUUAUCGAAGGCAAUGAUUGUGGUGCAAUCUCUCGCUUUAAAUCUUAUCUGCAUAAAUGUUUUCAUAUGAAAGAUCUUGGUAUUCUUAAGUAUUUUCUUGGGAUUGAAGUGGCUCGAAGCACUGAUGGUCUUUUCCUUUGUCAGCGCAAAUAUACACUGGACAUUAUUUCUGAAGCCGGUCUUCUUGGGGCAAAACCUGUGGCCUUCCCUAUUGAACAAAAUCAUGGCUUGGCUCUAUCUCAGAGCGCUCUUUUGGCUGAUCCGGAAUCAUAUCGCCGGCUUGUUGGUCGUCUUAUUUACUUAUCCUUUACCCGACCAGACCUGGCCUAUGUUGUUCAUAUUUUAUCUCAGUUUAUGCAGGCUCCCCAACAAGAUCAUUGGAUGGCAGCCUUAAGGGUUGUUCGGUACCUUAAAGGCUCCCCGGGUCAGGGAAUACUUUUCAGCUCUAUUUGUGAUUUGACUCUUACAGGCUGGUGUGAUUCGGAUUGGGCCAGCUGUCCCCUUACGCGCCGUUCUCUUACAGGCUGGAUAAUUUUUCUGGGAUAUUCUCCCAUCUCGUGGAAGACAAAGAAACAACACAUUGUGUCUCGCUCCUCAACCGAGGCCGAGUAUAGGUCCAUGGCGGAUACCACGGCCGAACUAAAAUGGGCUAAGGGUCUUCUUCUUAGUCUUGGCAUUGAUCAUUCGAGUUCUAUGUCCUUAUUUUGUGAUAGUCGUUCCGCUCUUCAUAUUGCACAUAACCCGGUAUUCCACGAGCGCACCAAGCACAUUGAAGUUGAUUGUCACUAUGUUCGCGAUGCUAUUCAGAAUGGGUUGCUCGUUGCUCGUCAUGUUUCUACUACGGAUCAACUUGCUGGCAUCUUCACUAAAGCUUUAGGCAAGCGUCAAUUUCUCUACCUUCUUGGCAAGUUGGGCAUUUUUGAACCCCAUGCUCCAACUUGAGGGGGGUGUUAGCGUGUUAGUGGAUUAAGGGCUUAGCCCAUUUUAUAUUUGUUUGUAUUUACUUGUAUAUUACUAUGGGCUAAGGGCUUGAAUCAUUACGGAACAUCUUGUAUAUAUAUUACUUCAAUCUUGAUCAAUAGAGACAUACGAGUUUAUACCC